AUGUCUCACUGCAAGAAGUGUAACAUGAAGUUGAAGCACAGUUUUCACUUUAUUAUUUUCCUCUUCUGGUCUCCACCACCCUCUGUUGUUGUGACUGAGGGUACAGGGCAACUGGUUGCAUUCAUGGCUUCCAUGGCUACUCAUUUCAGCAACCAGAACAGUGGGAUCAUCUUCAGUAGUGUUGAAACCAACGUUGGGAAUUUUUUUGAUGUCAUGACUGGGAGAUUUGGUGCUCCAGUGAAUGGGGUGUAUUUCUUCACCUUCAAUAUGAUGAAACAUGAAGAUGUGGAGGAAGUGUACGUGUACCUGAUGCAUAAUGGUAAUACAGUUUUCAGCUUAUAUAGCUAUGAAUCAAAAGGGAAAGCAGACACUUCAGGAAACAGUGCAGUGCUAAAACUUGCCAAGGGAGAUGAAGUUUGGCUGCGAAUGGGAAAUGGAGCCCUCCACGGGGACCAUCAACGCUUCUCUACCUUUGCUGGGUUUCUUCUUUUUGAAACCAAGUAA